AUGCGUCUACCCUUCACUCACUCGAAACAAGAACCGGCGAAUACAAGAACAGCAAGGAAGCUGUGCUGGGACUCCCGAGACGAAUAUUUCCGCUGUUUGGACCGUAUAGGCGUUUUGAACCCCAAUGAUCCCACUCAGAAGAGCAAGAUAAAUGCAAAUUGUGCCAAUGAGGAUGCUAAAUUCGAUGAGAAUUGCGCGACUAGUUGGAUAAGUUAUUUCAAGGAGAAGAGGGUGGUGGACUUCAAACGCGCAAGGGCCCUGGAAGAAGUUAAUAGAAACGUGGAGAACAACCAACAAGCAAAAGGGAGCCAAGAAUGA